AUGAUCUACGACCCAAAGCACACCAGUUUUUUUGGCGCCGAGCCAUGGUGGAAAACAGCAACAUUUUACCAAGUGUACCCGGCGUCCUUUGCGGACUCGAACGGCGAUGGCUGGGGUGACAUUCUAGGGGUCAUUUCCAAAUUGCCCUACCUCCACCGCCUCGGUGUUGACUGCAUCUGGCUCUCGCCGUGCUUCGACUCGCCCCAAGUAGACAUGGGCUACGAUGUAUCGGACUACCAAGCAAUAUAUCAACCUUAUGGCACCGUCGAUGAUGUUGAUCGUCUCACCGAAGCCUGCCACGCUCUUGGCCUGAAACUCAUUCUCGACCUUGUCGUCAACCACACAAGUGACCAACAUCCCUGGUUUCAAACAUCCAGAUCUAGCAGAGACUCGUCAAAGCGAGACUGGUAUAUCUGGCGUCCCGCCCGCUACACAGACCAAGGCGAGCGACUACCACCCACGAAUUGGCGCAGCUACUUUGCUGGGGGCACGUGGACAUGGGACGAGCACACGCAGGAGUACUAUCUUCAUCUGUACGCGCCCUGCCAGCCAGACCUGAAUUGGGACAACCCCGACGUUCGUCGCGCCGUGUACGAUGAAACCAUGAGAUUCUGGCUCGAGCGCGGCGUCGACGGCUUCCGCAUCGACACCGUCAACAAGUACAGCAAAGACACCCGCUUCGUUGAUGCCUCAGUCACCGACCCCAGCAGCCCGUGGCAAGCCGCACCCGAAAUGUGGUGCAACGGCCCUAACAUCCACGAAUAUCUCCGAGAGAUGCACAAAGAAGUCCUUGGCCCUUACAGCGCCGUUAGUGUAGGCGAGCUGUCCAACUGUCCCGAGACCGCGGACGUCAUCCCAUACGUCCAGGCCAGCGACCCGCAGAUGAGCAUGUGUUUCCAAUUCGACCUCAUCCGCCUCGGCACCGGCGGCGGCUUCGGCGACAAGUACAUCUACCGCCCGUUCUCACUCAGCACGCUGAAGGGCCUCACGGAGAAGUGGCAGACCUUCAUUGAUGGCACUGAUGCCUGGACGACGGUCUUCAUGGAGAACCACGACAACGGUCGGGCCGUCAGCCGCUUUGGCUGCACCGACACCGCGCAGCAAUGGCAGGCCAGCGCGAAGAUGCUGGCGCUGUGGCAGGCGACGUUGAGCGGGACACUGUUCCUGUACCAAGGCCAGGAGAUCGGGAUGGUCAAUAUGCCGCGCAACCGGGGCAUCGAGGACUACAAGGAUGUGGAGAGCAGGGGUUUCUACAACGAGGCGCUGAAGAGCGGUGACGAAGACAGGGUCAGGAAGACGAUGGACGGGCUGCGCACCCUGGCGCGAGACCACGCUAGGACGCCGAUGCAGUGGGACGCCGGCCCUUUCGCGGGGUUCUCGACGGCCGAGCCUUGGAUGCGCGUCAAUGACUGGACACUGGACGUUGUCAACGUGAGCGCGCAGGAGGAUACAGAAGACAGUGUCCUUCGAUUCUACCGCAGCGUCUUGCGCUUGAGGAAGGAGUAUGUGGACCUCUUCGUCUUUGGCCGCUUUCAGCUCCUGGAACCGGAGGACGAGGACGUGUUUGCUUAUCUCAAAGAGAGCCCGGCUCAGAAGGGCGACGUUGACAGCGGCCAAAGGAGGAAGGCGCUGGUGGUGCUCAACUUUUCAAACGAGGCCCAGAAGUGUCCUUCUGCUGCGAUGGCGUUGCAGUGCGCGGAAGAAGAGGUGCGGUUGUUGGUCGGUACGGUGCGUCUGGUGGGUGACGGGAAGGGGUCGCUUCGGGCUUGGGAAGGCAGAGUCUACAUCAAUUUCUGA